AUGUCUUCAGACCCACCUCAAGAGGUUUUUAACUAUGACUACACAACUCCCUGAACUGUUUAUUCUUUAUCUUUCUCCAACUCCCCUAGCAGCCCUUAUAGGCUUGCGAUUGGGUCUUUCACAGAAACCCAGCACAAUUCAAUCCAAAUUAUUGACAAAAAUUCAGAAAAUUACGAAUGCAAAACCCAACAAGAGGUCACUUAUCCACAAACCAAAAUUCUAUUUAGCCCUGACACAUCUGGCGCUCACUCAGAAUUAUUCGCGUCUGUUGGUGAUUGUCUAAGGAUAUGGCAGCAUGAAACUGAAAUUUCUUUAAAAAGCACCCUUGUGGAUAUAUCUAAAAAAGAUUUCCCACCUCCUCUGACCAGUUUUGACUGGAAUUCUACUGAUUUGACGAUGAUUGGGACCUCUUCAAUAGACUCAACCUGCGCAAUUUGGGAUAUUGAGCGUGAAGAAGUCAGAGCCAAAAUGAUCGCCCACGACAAAGAAGCCUAUGAUAUUGCUUUUGCCCAGGGUGUUAAUAUUUUUGCAACAGCUGGAGGCGAUGGGUCUGUUAGACAGUUUGAUUUGAGAAAUUUGGAGUCCAGCACUGUUUUGUAUGAGCGGCAGGAUUUUUACCCUUGUUUAAGACUGGCGUGGAGCAAGCUGGAUCCGAAUUAUUUGGCGACCAUUGUAAUGGAUUCUUCAACAGUCGUGAUUUUAGAUAUACGAAAUUUGUCAGGGCCGGUAACUCAGCUGUUAGGACAUAAUAGCUGUGUAAAUGCGCUUGCUUGGUCACCUGUGUCAGGAAACCAGCUGCUUACAGGCAGUGAUGACCAUCAGGCACUUAUAUGGGAAAUUAAAGGCCAAAGCCAAAGCUCGUCCCCGAUAUAUUCAUAUUCUAUAGAAUCAGAAAUCAACAAUGUGCAGAGGUCACAUAUAAACCCAGACUGGAUUGCACUAGCUUAUAAUAGAGGACUAAAAAUACUUAAAAUAUAA